AUGACGGAGAACAACAUUCCCCCUUCUACCGCGACGGCGCAUGCCACCUCGCUGCCGGCCCCCGUUGCUGGCGCAGAGCAGGCUCAGAUUGUCCCGCAGGCAUCCACACCGGCAUCAGUGACUGCAACGGCUGCCGCUGCCAGCGCUGCCGUUAACAGCCCCCCAAUGAAUGGCACCGGCGAGCAGUUGCCCUGCCAGUGGGUGGGAUGCACGGAAAGGAGUCCCUCGGCCGAGGCACUCUACGAACAUGUCUGUGAGCGCCACGUCGGCCGCAAGAGCACCAACAACUUGAACUUGACCUGCCAUUGGGGCACUUGCAACACCACCACCGUCAAGCGUGACCACAUCACCUCGCACAUCCGAGUCCAUGUGCCCUUGAAGCCACACAAGUGUGAUUUCUGUGGCAAGGCCUUCAAGCGUCCCCAAGAUCUGAAGAAACACGUCAAGACCCAUGCCGACGACUCGGAGAUCCGGUCCCCUGAACCCGGACCGGGCUUGAAGCAUCACCCUGAUAUGAUGUUCCCCCCGAACCCCAAAGGCUACGCCGCCGCUACCCACUAUUUCGAAGGCCCGAUCAACGCUGUCUCAAGCCCGGCAUACACGCAUGGGGCUCCGCAGUACUACCAGCCGCACCCGGCGCCACAGCCCGCUAACUCUCAUUCUUAUGGUAACGUGUACUACGCCUUGAGCCAGGGUCAAGAUGGCAAUCAUUCCUACGAUCGCAAGCGUGGUUACGACGCUCUGAACGAGUUCUUUGGCGAUCUGAAGCGCCGCCAGUUCGACCCUAACUCGUAUGUCGCGGUCGGCCAGCGCCUGCAGGGUUUGCAGUCGCUGCAGCUUCCGAUUCUGAAUGGCCCAGUCUCGGACUACCAGCCCAUGGUCGCAUCGGUCCCUGUUGGCGGUGGUGGAUACAGCCCCGGUGGCUCGCACGCCCCGGCCUAUCAUCUCCCGCCCAUGUCCAAUGUCCGGACCAAGAGUGAUCUCAUCAACAUUGAUCAGUUCCUGGAGCAGAUGCAGAACACCAUUUACGAGAGCGAGGAUAACGUGGCUGCCGCUGGUGUCGCUCAGCCGGGUGCGCACUACGUGCAGGGUGGUAUGAGCUACCGUACCACCAACUCUCCUCCGAGCCAGCUGCCGCCUAGCCAUGUCUCGGCGGCCACCUCGGCUCCCAUGAUGUCUGCCACCUCAGCCCACUCUCCCUCCACUGGCACGCCCGCCCUGACGCCGCCCUCGAGCGCGCAGUCAUACACUUCCAAUCGCUCUCCUAUCUCCUUGCCUCACACCCACCGUGUCUCGCCGCCGCAUGAGAGCGGUGCCGGCAUGUAUCCCCGCCUGCCUUCGACUACUGUCUCGGACAGCAUGACUGCAGGCGGAGCAUUCGAGCACGAUGACCGACGCCGCUACACUGGAGGCACCUUGCAGCGUGCGCGGCCGGCCGAGCGGGAGCUUAAUGAAGACAGCAUGGACACGUCGCAUGAUGGCAAGGAAGACCGCGACCGCACUCCUACCGGCAAGGAGCGUGUCCCCAUUUCGGAGAGUCUGAUUGACCCCGCCCUUUCCUUGGGCACUUCGCCCGACCCCGAGCAGGAGGCUGCACAGCGCACGGCCCAAGCCGCCACCGAAGUUGCUGAGCGCGAUGUCCCUGUCGGUUGGUUGGAGAAGGCGCGUUUGAUCGACCAUUUGCGUCGGUUGGUCUCGAACCUUAUGCAGAACGACCGUGAGGUGGAGUCUCCCAGCUACCGUGAGCAGUCCACUCCGGCACCGGGUGAUGCCAUGGUUGGUAUUGAAACUGCCAGUACGCGAGCCUCUCCCGAACGACCCCAGGAGGAGUCUACCAAGCCCGCGGGCGAGAUGGUUCUUUAUCCGACGCUGCGCGGCGUGGACGAGGAUGGCGACUCCAAGAUGCCGGGCGACGAUGCCUAG